GUUGUCAUUUUGCAGUAGCGAGCAUCUCCAUUAACCGCACACAAUGCUUUCGAAAGCACUCAACAGUUGACGUUUAUUUGAGACGUUGGUUUUCUUUAUGGUUAAAACCAGAUAAGUUGCCCGUUAUACACGGUGCUCAUAAUUUAAGCCCUUUUCACGGGGACUCAGCUGGCCGUGUGUUUGCUUUGCCGGUAGUUAUAAACGAUGGAGACUGGUGAAUAUGUCGUCUGCAGACGCUACAUGUUGUUCGUCCUUAAUUUUCUAGUAUGGCUGAUCGCAUCAACCCUAACGACUGUUGGUCUGUGGGCCAAGUUCUCUAAAGAUGGUUUUGAAGACCUGUCUACACUGCACAUCGACCCCACAACGUACAUCAUCAUCAUUGGUGCGGUCAUCUUUAUCGUCUCUGGGUUUGGGUUUGUCGGCUCUCUCAGACAAAACAUCUGUUUACUUUAUAGUUAUUGUGUUAUUCUAGCUGUUUUAAUCAUAGUGCAAUUCGUCGGAGGCAUCCUGGUCAUGUUACUACAGGAAACAGUCGUUGAGUCGUCCCUUCGUUUCUUUGAGAAAGCAAUCGUCCGUUACCGUGACGACGCAGAUUUGCAAGAUAUCAUCGAUUUUAUUCAAGAAGAGUUUCGAUGCUGUGGCGCAUCAAGUUAUGCCGACUGGCAGAUGAACGCUUACUUCGACUGUUCGUCCCCGGGCCGUGAAGCGUGUGGUGUCCCGUACUCAUGCUGCAUCGAUUGGGCCAUGAACUACCAGUGUGGAUUGGACAUCAGAACGCAAACGCGCUAUAUGAUCUACUCCACCAUCUUCAUCCAUGGCUGUAUAGACUCCUUCGUCUUAUGGAUGCAGCAGAAUAUUCUCCUCCUUGGCCUGUUGGUAUUUGCAUCACUGUUCUUACAGAUGUUCUCCUUACUACUUUCUCAUUGGAUGAUCAGAGACAUCAGAACAAUACAGAAAUACAUUGAGACAAACACUAAGCAGCAGUUUCCAGCAAGAUGAUGACACCAUUUGAUAGAAGCUUUGGUUUCAUUCCUACAAAACUAAAAUUUUGCGCUUAAAGGAGUAAACUCGACUAUGGUGUAUCUACGUGUGUGCUAUGUGUGUACAUGUACAUUGCAGAAAUACACAGUGACAAACACCAGGCAACAAGAUGAUGACUCCAUUGGAUAGAUUGCUUUGCUUUCAUUCCUUCAAAACUAAAAUAUCGCGCUUAAAGGAGUAAACUCGACUAUGGUGUAUCUGUGUGUGUGUGCUAUGUGUGUACAUGUACAAUGCAGAAAUACACUGAGACAAACACCAGGCAGCAGUUUCCAGCAAGAUGAGCAACGGACAGUUUUGUUUUCAUUCCGUCAAAACUGAAAUAUGGCGCUUAAAGGAGAAAACUAGACUGUUGUUCUGUGGUAGAAAAUCUAUGGGUGUGCUGUGCGUGUGCAUUACCGUAAAGAGUAAACAGAGACAAACACCAAGCAGUCGUUUCCAGCAAGAUUAUGAACGGACAUUUUUGCUUUCUUUCCUUUAAAACUGAAAUAUCGCUCUUAAAGGAGUAAACUAGACUGUUGUUCUGUAUUUGAUUAUAUACAUGUGUGCUGUGCGUGUACCGCUGCUGCAUAUUACUCAGGAGUUGAGAUGGUUUCAGGAAUGUGUUUUGCUUUCAUUCUUUCAAAACUGAAAAAUCACGCUUAAAGAAACAAACUAGACUUUUGUUCUGUGAUUGAAUACAUACGUGUGUGCUGUGCGUUUGCCGAUGCUGCAUAUUACUCAGGAGCUGAGAUGGUUUAAGUAAAUGUGUUUUGCCUUUAAAGAAUGUAACAAUUAUAGGUGGCCUUAUAUAUUUUUAUAAAAACACUAACAAGAUAGAUGACUCAUUUUUUUUUUUAGAAACAGUUUUAUUGUUUGGCAAUGAAUGUUAAAUUCUGACGAACACAUAUUUAAAGGCAGUGGACACUAUUGGUAAUUACUCAAAAUAAUUAUUAGCAUAAUACCUUUCUUGGUGACGAGU